AUGAAGACUUUCCUCGCAAAAGCCAAGAAACCGUUCAUCAACCCCAAGGUCUCCUCAGGAAAAGAUAGGCCAGGCGCCGAUUCUCAUUCCACGAUCCGUCAGACGCAUCCCGGCCUCAAACCGAAGUAUACAGUCCCUCCAGUACCACACCCGUGUCCAUACGAGCAUAUAGCCUUACUGGCUUCUGGAAAGGGUAUUCUUCUUCGCCCCCAUGGUGUAAAGCAUCCAGCAAAGCAUGUUCUUCUGCGGUGGGGCAAGGAAGUGAUAAUUGACGAGGUGGAUGGACCUGGCGAUAGCGAAGGAGCAUCUUGGUCCGACGCGACCAUCGUUUAUGGCAUAGUUGGUUUGCUGAAUUUAUACUCUGGACCACAUCUUCUUGUGAUUUCAUCCAGAAUGGAUGCUGGUAAUUUUCUCGACGCACGUCACGCCGUCUACGGAGUGAAAGGCGUAGUUGCUAUUCCAAUGGUGGACGAGCAAGAAGCUAGAGUCGUGAUCCACACUCUAGCAUCUCGAAAUCUUGCCCUUUCGCGUCCUUCCUUAGUGGCUUCUACGACGGCCGACACAUCGGUUUCUAUAGUCUCUGUAGAAAGUGCAACACCGACGUCGUCCGACACAUUAUCCUCGCAGGGUGGCCCUCGAGUCCAAUUUUCCGAAGCCGUGAAGCCAACGACCGAAUCCCAGACGCUCAGUGACGACUUAAGAGGUGACAGACCGACAUCCCCUACACCAUCCACAGCUUCGGCCGCAUCGUCGGAGAAUUCCGCAGAUCCUUCCUCAGUAGCGAAGACGCUAGCAGACCGAUUGUCGUUCUGGAGCCGGCUGUCCAAACGAGCACCAAAUCUCAAAUCACCGAACGGGGAUGUAGUGUCCGCUGAUAUUGAGCCCGACAUGCCCGACACUCCUUUAAGUCCAACUUUCGAGCCUAAAGUAUUAGACGGAAUCAUCAAAGAUGCCAAAGGUGAACCAGGGGAAGUCCUUGGCUCAAUUAUUGCAUCCACUGCUCCUCCCCCAACAUCAUCAGAGGAAAGACACUCAGAACUCGAGACUAAAAUCAUCAAAGAAUGUAUUAAAGAGUACACCAAAGGUGGCAUGUAUUUUGCAUAUAACUUUGAUAUUACUCGUUCCCUUCGCCAUAAACAAUCCUUGGUUACCAAGAGUCAGAAGCAACAAGCCCUCUUGGUAGACCUGAAUGCCAUUCCGACACCGGAUUCCAUCGACCCCACUCACGUAGCACUGGCGGAACCCAACCCUACACUUCCUUUAUGGCGCCGAGUAGACAAGGAGUUUUGGUGGAAUGAAUGGCUCAGCAAACCUUUUAUCGAUGCCGGUCUACAUUCAUACGUUCUCCCCAUAAUGCAAGGAUACUAUCAGGCGACUAAUUUUGUGGUGCCACUGGAAUCGACUGACCCGGAAGCUGAAGAUGUCGCUUCCGUACAAUAUAUAAUCGUAUCUCGCAGGUCGAGGUACCGGGCUGGCCUUCGUUACCAGCGAAGAGGGAUCGAUGACGCUGCACAUGUAGCCAACUUCGUCGAGACCGAGACGGUCAUGAGCGUGGAGCGUGAAGGCACUACGAAUGUGUUCAGUUAUGUUCAAAUCCGUGGAUCUAUACCUUUGUAUUGGCUUCAGACCGGGUACGGCCUAAAGCCGCCACCAGUAAUCGCUACUGAUAGGACGCACGAACAACAAAUGGAUGCGCUGAAGCGUCAUUUUCUUCGAACUAUCCCUCAGCAUGGCCCACAUACUAUCGUGAAUCUCGCGGAGCAACAAGGCAGAGAAGGCGAAAUCACAAGAAGUUACAAGGAACACGUCGCUGAGCUGGGCUCCAAGGACGUUCGCUACUAUGAAUACGACUUCCAUCGCGAAACCAGGGGCAUGAGAUACGAGAAGCUAUCUUCUUUGAUUGACGCCAUGGAACGUACAUUUGACCAGCAAGGAUUUUUCUGGAUGUCAGGGAAAACUGUGUUAUCUGACCAGGCGGGUGUGUUCAGAGUCAAUUGCAUAGAUUGCCUCGAUAGAACGAAUGUCGUUCAGUCCGCUUUCGCCCGUUAUGUUUUGCAGAAGCAGCUUGGGGCUGUUGCUCUACUGAAUCGUUCUCCAACCGACAACAAAUCUGACAUCAACCUCAUAUUCAACGACGUAUGGGCUAAUAACGGUGACGCUAUCAGCCGAGCUUACGCGGGUACUUCGGCUUUGAAGGGGGACUUCACUAGAACCGGAAAACGGGACCUCAGCGGAAUGCUAAAUGACGGAGUCAACUCUCUUGCUCGGAUGUACACAUCUACUUUCAGCGACUGGUUCAGCCAAGCCGUCAUAGAUUUUAUGCUUGGAAACAGGACGUUAUCCGUUUUCUCCGAGUUUCUACUCAAGCUUCAGUCCAGCGAUCCUCGAGAUCUCAUUAGAUUAUCAAAGAUCCGUGCUGAGGCCAUCGCCACUUCGGCGUCGCGCGUACUAUGUGAGGGCGAGAGCCUGGUGUCAGGGUGGACCCUAUUUGGUCCGGACAAGUUCAAUGUAAAGAUGAGCGACAAAUUUGAGGAGAAAGUGCUCCUAUUGACCAAACGCGCUUUGUAUAUUAUCACCUAUGAUUAUACCUUGGAGAAAGUCAAGAUGUAUACCCGUGUCCCACUUGGUGACAUCGUCAGUAUCACCAAAGGAGCAUAUAUUAUAUCACCCUUAGAAGAGGCGAGCCGCGAUCCAUUACAGAAUGCCGGGUUGAUCAUCUCAUGGCUCAAUACCCCACACCAAGAAACCAGAGUAACAAGCUACUCCAUCCGAAAUUCUGUAGACUUAUCUAGCCCUCCCGGAUCCCCCCUUCCCUUCGCAUCUGCUAAUCGCUCCUCGUUGAAUCGCCCUCGAUCUUCAAUGAUAUUGUCUCUUACGCGCAGAGGAUCCCAGCUUUCCAGAAUACUAACGGAUGCCUCGCUGACUGCCAGCUGCGAGAAGACAUUUGCCGCUUUCAAAGUCCUCCCCAUCGAUCAUGCCCGAAUCCGACAAGGAUCGACGUUGGGAUCAGCAUAUUCCGAAGUUGCUGAUGAACUGACGGGGGCAUCAAACUGCAAGGAAGCCACGAACUGGAUCGUGGAGACCAUAUGUCAAGCUUGUGAAGACAUAGGAAGCAAUCCGCAUGGUCGACGUAUGGUCAAAGAAGAGGAUAUCGUUAGUCUGGCCGAAGCACAGCGCAUGACAAGCAUGUACGCAAAGAUGGAAUAUGGUUUAAAGCGGUUGUUAUGGUUAGGGAGUUAG